AUGCCACCGAAGACGGAACCAAGAAAAUGGAAGCCUCCCAAGGGCCCAAAAAAUACACCUCACAAAAACAAGAAUACCAUUGGUUUGGGAAGAAGCAUCAAAAAUCUCAAAAACCAGGAAAAUAAAGUGUACUAUCUGCCUGAUGGAGAAAUGCGGUUCACCACAGACAAACAUGAAGAUGACUGGGUCAAACUACGGUCGGUUACACAAGAAAAUGCUCUUGAUGAAUUCUUGAAUACAGCAGCUUUGGCAGACAAAGAUUUUUCUGCUGAGAGAUCCACAGGAAUCAAAAUCAUAAGUGUCAAUAAUCAGACUGUGGAUAGUGGCAAUUACAAUCCUUAUUUGCUUACUACCGAAGAAGAAAUCAAAAAGUUUCAUGUUCAAAGAGAGCAUAUUUCCGAGUUGCGGGUGCCAAGACGUCCUAGAUGGGAUAAAUCGAUGACAAAGCAUGAGCUCGAAAGAUUGGAAAGCGAAGCUUUUCUUGAGUGGCGGCGUAACCUUGCCCUUUUGCAGAAAAAUCAUGAUCUUUUGCUUACGCCAUUCGAGAGAAAUAUCUUGGUUUGGAAACAACUCUGGAGAGUGGUAGAAAGAUCUGACUUGGUUGUUCAGAUUGUGGAUGCAAGAAAUCCCCUGCUUUUCCGUUCUGAAGACCUGGAAAAUUAUGUUAAGGAAACCAAUCCUUUGAAACGAAAUUUGUUAUUAGUCAACAAAGCUGAUCUAUUGACUUAUGAACAAAGGUUGGAGUGGGCUCGAUAUUUCAAAGCACAUAAUAUCAAGUACACAUUUUUCAGUGCAUACCUCGCAAACGAGGAUCUUGAGAGAGAAAAGGAAAAGCUCGAGCAACGACAAAUGGAAAUGGAGCAGGGAAUUGAGGCUGGAGAUGAGGAAGAUACAAACGAGAUGACACGAAUCAUAACGGUGCAGGAGUUGGAAGAUCUGUGUCUCAGAGUUGCUCCGGAACCAUUGACUGAACCACCUGAAGGUCAACCAAGACGCCUUCAAAUUGGGUUAGUUGGAUACCCUAAUGUAGGUAAGUCGUCGACAAUCAAUGCUUUGGUGGGCUCUAAACGAGUGUCUGUAUCUUCCACCCCUGGGAAAACGAAGCAUUUCCAAACUAUUUUGCUUUCUGACAAAGUGAUCCUAUGUGAUUGUCCAGGUUUAGUUUUCCCUAACUUUGCAUACACCAAUGCAGAUCUGGUUUGCAACGGUAUACUUCCUAUAGAUCAACUUCGUGAGUACACAGGACCUAUGCAGCUGGUUGCCAAACGAAUUCCGAAGUAUUUCUUAGAAGCUGUUUACGGUAUCACUAUUGACACCUUGCCUGUUGAGGAGGGAGGAACGGGAAUACCAAAUGCUCAUGAGGUCUUGAAUGCUUUUGCCAGAGCGAGGGGAUUCAUGACGCAAGGAUAUGGUUCAGCUGAUGAAAGUCGCGCAGCAAGAUACAUUCUUAAAGAUUAUGCCUCAGGGAAGCUCUUAUUUGUUGAACCUCCCCCAAAUGAAGAUGGUUCGAGAAAGGAUGAUGAAAGUUCACGAAAAUUCAACGAAGGUUUAUACACUGUUCACAAUUUGCCCGAGCAAAGAAGACAACAAAUACUGAAUGCCAUGAAAGAUAAGAACAUUGAUUUUCAAGAUUUUAAUUUGGCCACAGAUCUGCACAAAUUAACGUUCUCUUCACACCUGUCUGUUAAUGAUGCACUAACUGGGAACAAGCAUGCUCGUACUCAUGGUGGUAAGCAAGCUGCUUUGUUCAGCUCUGCUGCCGAACUCGACAAUGAAUUUUUCAAAAUGAAUGAGGUGAAAGGAAGUUUUCAGUCACCAUUUCACACCAAGGAAGAAAGUCUCAGAGGCAAUAAAAAACACCACAAGGUAAACAAAAAAAAGGCGAAGAAACUUCGAAAAGCGACAGUCGCUGCGUAACAUCGUCUGUAUCAAUACUU